AUGGCAGCCACAGGCAACGAGCAGACAAACGGGAACACCAACGCUGAUGCGGACGCAAAUCCACGGCAGAGAUCAGCUUCAGAGUCUCAUCUACCCUCGCCAAGUCACAAGGGGCCAGCAGGAGGCUACGAUGUCACUCCCAUGCCCUCCGCGCCGCCUGGCUGGACGCUCAAGUUCACCUUCCACCGCGCAGUGAAUCUGCCCAUAGGCGACCUCAGCACCAUGGCUUCCGACCCUUAUGUCACCGCCAUCCUCGAGACCGGCCUGCCCACGCGCCAUCCAAAGCAGGAUCCCAUUUUCUGCUUUCGUACUCCCACGGUGAAACGCACCAUCAAUCCCGAGUGGAACUGCGAAUGGAUAGUUGCCAAUGUCCCUUCGUCCGGGUUUGAAUUGAAAUGUCGCAUCUACGAUGAGGAUAUCGCGGAUAAUGACGACCGGCUGGGAAGUGCCUACGUUGAAGUCAGAGAUACUAUUUCAGAGUCAUGGCCAGGCAUCAAGGAGCAGGGUUUCAAGGUCAGAAAGCGCAUGGGCAGCCAGAGAGCUUACCUCCUUCGAACCAUUGCCUCGACAUUCUCCAAGAAUGUUGAUAAUGAAGGACUGCUCUACGUGAGUGUUGAGUGUCUGGGUAGAACACCAGGCCAGGAGGGAGCUCAUUUGUACACUGUUGGCCCAAACUACUGGACCAAGCAUUUCUCCCCGCUGAUCGGCAGGUUGGUAGGUAUAAAGGACAAGGUCAAGAGCAAGGAUGGCAAGCCCGCUGUUGAACGAUACAACUUCCAAGCAGUGCAGAUACAGCUGUCGGGCCCCGUGCCGACGCCAUUGUAUCAUCGCUACGUCGAGUUCCGUCCCUUUGUAGCUGGAAUGUUCACGGCAAAGAGCAUCAGAGGCCGUUUGCUUAACCAUGCUUUGCACCACCAACAUGAACGCAUCUACACAUACGACCACAACACCAUCUACGGUGUCUUCCCCCAGCCAUCCAUCGACCUGACAAAACUCUUCCUUGACUUUGUCCAGUAUGGCCAGGGCGGACGCAUCUUCACGUACGUCAUUACUCUAGACGGCCAGUGGCGCUUCACAGAGACAGGCAAGGAGUUUGGCAUCGACCUGCUCAGUAAACAUACCAUGCACAGCGAUGUAUCAAUCUACAUUGCUUACUCCGGUGAAUUCUUUGUUCGCCAGAUCUCAGACGACAAGUCUGCCCACCACCAUCAUCAUCGCCGCCAUCAACACCGCCGUUCUGCUUCUGCCGAAGUAAAUAGCGGAGAGGAGUCGGAUGCUGAACAUGAGCCAUCUACUGACCCCGCGCACUACGAACUCAUCAUCGAUAACGACAGCGGCACUUACAGACCCAAUGGCAGACUCCUGCCUCUCCUAAAAGAGUUCUUAACUCCCAACCUGCCUGGCCUAAAGAUAUCCACCCUCGAUUCCCAGGGCGAUGCCACACGCAUGGCCGAACUCAAGGGCAAGCAGCGUGAGAUGAAGAACAAGUCAGAAAAUAGGAUAAUGUACCUGCAGAAGAGUUCCUCCUCCCUCUCCCUUUCAUCCCUAUCAAGUUCGGAUGAAGAGGAUCUCGACGAAAGGGAGAGCCACAUGAACACGAAAGACAGUCCGACUAAGCCGAAAGGGUUUAUGAGUAGACUGAAGAACCCCAAGGGUACAUACAAGCGGUGGUUGGAAACAGACCAUGAAUUCAGCGCUGGCAAGAAGCCUGAAGGACGGCCCGCAACUUCUCAUAAUUGA